AUGCCGCUUCCCCCGGUGUCCGUCGCCUUGGCCUCGAUGGAGGCUGACGAGCUGGCCGAGCCCAUGAAGCCCGCGUCCGCGGUGGACCCGGAGUGUGCCGCAGAGGCCGAUGCCAAGGAGCACGCCCUGUGUGGCGUCGCAGGGGAGACGAUGCCCGAAGCAGGGGGUGAAGCCUCGGGCAAUGACUCGCCGCACGCCGCAGUCUCGGAUGCUCCGGGUGCCCCGGAGGAGGCCGAGGCCGAGGAGGCGGAGGCGGAGGAGGCCACCGGCAAGCGCCAGCGCAAGCAAGGCCUGCGUGCCCGGGUCUUGGCAGAGCUGAAGUCCACAAGUUCUUGCGACAUGAAGGCGCGCUUGGAGUCCCAACUGGCGGAGCAGGAUGCCUUGAUCAGCGGUUUCAGAGAUGUUGAGGCAGCCAAGCAGAAACUCGUGGAGGAGGCCUUGGCGGAGGUGGAGCGCCUGAGCCAAGUGGUCAAAGAGGCGGCCGAGCGCGAGGAGCAGGUGCUGGCCCAAGCCAAGGAGCUACGGAAGCGAAAGAAGGAGGCUGCCAAGGAGUCUUUUGAGCGCCAGAAGGAGGUCUCGCACCACGAGGACCUGCUCGUGAUCCUGGGCUUCGAGGUGGAGCGGCGCCGGAAGCUCAAGGAAGCAGAGGCCAGCAUGGAGUCCGAGAAGGACGCUAAGCGCCAGAAGAUCCAGGAGCUGCUUCAAUUA